GCAUGGCAGCAGAGGAGAAGAAAAUCCACGGCGGCGACAAGUUUUCCGGUGCCGGAACUUAUGCAUGCGGCUUCUCGUCACCUAUUGUUGCGGGUGAUAUCUCCACAAUGCAGAAUUUAGCCGGAGGGAGUUACUAUGAUGGAAAGGAUAGCUUCUAUGAAAAGCUUAACAAGCUGAACGAGCCCUCUGGGCUUAGUCUAGUCUUUAACUUAAGACAAACGAACCUGGACUUGCAUCUUUUCUAUGAAGAAGUCAUUAAAAGAGGUGGAUUUAAUCAGGUCACUAAGGAUGCUAAGUGGGGUGAAGUUGCAUGUACAUUGCAUGUGAAAAGCAAUAUCACAAUUUUUCCAACUCAACUUCAGAAGGUGUACGAAAAUCUCCUUCUCCAACUUGAGCAACUGUAUUACUAUCGAAGUAGAGAAAAAGGAACCACCAUGCAACCACCUAGUCAAGUUUCUGAUGCUGCUAGGCUAGAACCAGUAAAAGGUUCUGCAGAUAGGUCAGAUGACUCUGCAGGGAAGAGGAAAUUUUGUGAUCGGUCAUCUCCUGUGGCAACUUUGCACUCUAAUGAUAAGGACGGUCCAGUAGAAAAAAGGAAGUGCAAGAAUGAUAGUCGCCUAGUUUCGACAGUAGGGCCAGAGACACCAGAGCAAAAAUCUCAGAGUUCAUCAACCAACAGACAUCUGAGGAAAGACCCCGGUGCUCCAAUAAGAGGAAGGAGUUCAUAUCAGAUGUAUGUCAAAUUAGAAUGUGAAAGACAAAAGAAAGUGCUUGGGGAGAGUUAUGGUUCUAAGAAAGUCAGAGAUAUGGCCAUUAAUGCCUGGAAGACACUGUCUGAAAAUGAGAAAGAGCCUUAUAUUGAAGCAAGUAAGCUGGAUAAGGAAAGAUAUAUCCGAGAAAUGGCUGCUUAUGAACAACAUAAGAACAAGGAAACUACAACAAAUCCAAACUUGCCGAGUGGUUUGACCCCGAGUAUGAUCAACUUUGGUGCACCAUCAGUAAUUGAUCAUGUGACUUCGCAAGGUGAUACUGGAAGCAACAUUAUCCCUGAUGCAUCCUUUACUGAGUCCACUGUACAAAGGCCGAAUAGUGGUAAGACAAGUAACCCCAUAUUUCAGAUGAAUUGGGGCUAUUUUGCCUAGUCGAAGCAGGCAAAGUUUCAGUUAAUACCUUAGUGGAUUUUGGAAGAUAUGUAUAGCUUUCAAUCUGUAAGUAUCUUAACAACCUUAGCAUGAUGUUUUGAAGAUGUAUAUAGUGUCAAGAAGCAGCAUUUGUAUGCAAGCACAUGAAAAGCUGCCUGCAAAUUUUGUUAAAGGGUCGAUAUGCUCUUCUGGAUAUGGCAAGUUUCAAAGAUUGUGUAUAAGCAAAUACACUUUUGCAUCUCUACAAGUAAUGUAUGUUGGUAGGGAUCAGUGUUUCACCUUA